GCAACACUGCUACAUUUGAUGGCUAGGAUGUGUAUAAACAAUUGUACAUACUUUUCUUUCGCAUCUAUCCCGCGCGUUUCCAGCUUCAUUGCAACAAUUGUUCGAUUUCAUCAAUGGAUAUUACCAAGAAAAAUUUCAUCGAGCAACUUCCAUUGAUUCGGGAAACAAUCCGCAAUGCAACGUUUUUCGCUAUGGAUUGCGAAUUCACCGGACUGGCGUCCGAUCGUACCAUAUUUCCCUUCGAUACACCAGAAGAGGUGUAUUUGAAAAUGGUCGAAAAUAGCGCCCAGUAUAUUAUCAUACAGUUUGGCCUGUGUGCCUUCCGUGUUGAACCACCGGCGGAGGAGCAAAAGGACGCCGAGCCACGGUUAUCGUACAAAUGUUACAACUUUUUCUGCUAUCCCAAAGGUCGUACGAACGUGUUCAGCUGUCAGGGCGAAAGUAUACGCUUUCUCGCUGACAAUGGGUUCGAUUUUAAUCGACUGUUCCGUGAAGGAUUGUCGUAUGCAAACGAAAUCGAAGAGCAAAGGUACAGGGCUGACCUGAAGGAGCGUCAAGCAAAGCGAGCAGCCACAAUACUGGCGGCAGCCGAGGACGAUUCGAACGAAUCGGAUUCCAAAGCAGUUGAAACGGCGGACAUCAAUGCAGUCCCAGUGCCUGCAGAGCUUCAGCAACAAGUGGAAGAUACAGCUGCCAGUAUUGAGCAGUUUCUACAGUCUGACCGGCCGGAACUCAUCGUCGGUAACUGUAAUGCAUUCCAGCGAAAGCUGAUUUACCAGUUGAUAGAACAGCGCUUCUUGCGUAAAGUCACUACCUCCACCGUAUCGCUAGAGAACAAUCAGAAGGCCAUUAAGGUGGAACGGAAACGUUCACUCGAGGAAGAGCAGGCACUGGAUGAGAAGCGUCGGGCACAAGAAAAUGCAGAUCUCGAAGUGAACGUUGGAAUAUCGCUGGUACUGCAGGAGCUGUCAAAGGCACGCAAGUUAAUCAUUGGCCACAACAUGCUGCUCGAUUUGUUUUACGUGCUUCGCCAGUUCUUUAAACCACUACCAGCGGACUAUGAGGAAUUUAAGAAGCUCACGAAAGAAUAUUUCCCACUUCUUCUCGACACUAAGUACCUGUGUACGAACGCCGAGAUUAAGGUGGACGUUAACUCGUCCGUACUGGCGCACGUGUACGACGCGGUUAGCAAGGCACCAUUUGCAAUUCCCACGGUACAUGCCGAACUACCCGACCAUCAGUACAGCGUGGACGAUGAGAAAAAGCACGAAGCUGGUUACGAUGCGUACCUUACCGGGCUUUGCUUCCUAGGACUUGUCAGUCGGUUCAAGGUUAAUCUACUUCAACUUCCGAAGGACACCACGUUGAAACAUUACAUGAAUCGAAUUUUCAUUACCCGGCUAAAUGAUGUCAACUACAUUUAUCUAAAUGGAAAAGAACCGUCACAAUCACGGGAGCACAUUUUCUACGUUACUUUCCCGGAAAAUUGGCGAACCACUGAUAUUAUGAGCAAGUUUAAACCGUUCGGUCUGGUACAUGUCAACUGGCUGGAUAAUACUUCCGCAUUUGUGUCGUUGCACAAUCGAAUCGUUGCGAGUUCGGUGCUGAAAACAAUCGGAUACCACACCGGCUUCAAAGUGUACAGCUUUGCACAGUUCACGCAAAUGAAACUGCAACGCCCUGCUACUAAACGAGGACGAAUCGGUACGGGUGGUCCUGGCAGAGGAAAUGGAGCAGAAGUUCGAUGCGGACAACCAGUCGAUAAGCCGAGCGGGGAAGAAAAAGCAGAAGAAGAAAGACAAAAAAUAGAUGACUCUGUAACCUCCGCUAAGCGGAAGGGCAAGCAUGAGGAUCAACCACCGGCAGACAACGAAGCCGACGGUGGUGGGUGGAGAACCGUUAAAAAGGCUCGCAAAACGUUCACCGACAACAAUGAUUGGUAAGCGGAACAACGUUUGGACGUGUGCCUAAAAGCACAACAAUGUUUUUGCCUCUUAUCUUGACAACAGUGCUUGUGCUAUCAGCACCGUAAGAUCGACUGCCUGUACAGCAUCUGAUUUCAAGUGAAACUGUGUUACAUACAUAAUCCUGUAGUAUAAAAAAAUGUAUGUAAGGUUAACCAUGUGCCGUUUUAUCAUUGCACCCUGGUGUACAUUGAAAGGAAAUGA